AUGAAAGUGGAUGCGGAAUUGCAGGAGAAAGCCCUUUGCUUUGCUAACAAAAGCCUGGGAGAGCAAUUACUUCGUCUCUAUGUUGCAGUCGAAGAAAUCGGAAAGCAUAACAAAACGGCGCAUAAACUGCAAACGGAGUCUUGGGAACCUAGUGAAGAGCUCAAGACCAACGUUCGCCGCGAAGCCAAUCGCAUCACCAGAAACCCGCUCACAAAAUCCUACGUUGGCAAUAUGAAGACCUUGACGCAAAAAAUAUUCGAUAAACAGUGGGGCGUCACCAAGACCAGUGGUCUAGUACCCGCUCGGUUCAAGGCGGUAUCGAAACGCGCAAGUACGGCACUUUCCCGUGUGAAGGCUGAUAUGAAGCGCGUCAUUUGGGACAACAAAGCAGACUCCAUCAACAGGGCGAAAUUAGACGUUUUUGCCCACGAUUUGUUUGGAGUAAAAGUGGUAACCGAGAAUCACCUUGUGGGAGCAGCCAUCCUUCAAGCCAUCACAAGGGAGAUGAAUGCAGCAGACCGUGCACCCAAGCAAUACUGGAUAGCUGUCUCUAAGAAGUUGGAGGCCAUGUACAAGAUGGAUCCAGCCGCUCGCAAGACUCUGAUUGACAAAUGUGUCAAGAAUGACAGAAUGCUCUACGUCGACAGCUCUCCGUCGUUCAACGUUGACGGAAAUGAUGAGGACAAGGAUGAUCCCAAUCAGUCUGAUGGAGACGGAGAGCCAGUCACUAAGAAGAAGGUGCCCGACCACGUUGACGAUUUCGGCGACGAGGAAGACGGCCUCUUCAGUGAUGACGAUGCCUCCGUCGGUACCGCCAACACACUCCCACUUAUUUAA